UCUCACACAGCACAUGCACUGCUGGGGUAGAGACUGUUGGUGGUGCUUGUAGCAUAUAUAUACGUUACAUGUAUUUCUGUGUUGCAUAGUAGAGGCCACACAGAGACAAGAACAAACCAAAACUUUUCUCCACAUCCAUUGUGUGUGUAUAUUGAAAGUGUCGAGAGAAUAUAGCAUAUCAUGGAUUGGAACGGUAAUCUUAGAAUGCCUUUCGUUUCUCGACCUGCAGCAGACGCCUCUAAUUUCAACUUUCUCUACAACUGCGCUACUUUCGACCACUUCCCAGAGAUGAAGCAGCAGAGUGAGACGAUGAUGGAGAAGAGCAUGAAUAAUUUGGGGGUGGAUCCGAAGAAGAAGCGGUUGAGCAACGAGCAGCUGGAGCUGCUGGAAAUCAGUUUCCAAGAGGAGAUAAAGCUGGACCCGGACCGGAAGAUGAAGCUGGCCAAGGAGCUAGGGCUGCAGCCACGUCAGAUCGCCAUCUGGUUCCAGAACCGCAGGGCUCGAUGGAAGGGCAAGCAGCUCGAGCGCUUGUACGACGCGCUUAAGCAGGAGUACGAUGCUGUCUCUAGGGAUAAGCAAAAGCUGCAACAAGAGGUUAUGGCACUAAGGGCAAUUCUCAAGGAUCAAGUGGGAAAAAAUCAAGUAUCAACCGGCUACACAGACAUCUCUGGAGAAGAAACUGUGGAGAGCACAUCGAUUCCAAGCUCGGAUCCGACGGCGACGGCGGCGGAGGAGGCAAUGACGGCGGCGGCUAGCCUCCACCAGAUGGCAGAGUGCAACUACCCAAUGAACAUGGAGGACUACAAUAAUACAGUGAUGAUAGCUCCCUACUGGGCUACAUCUAUGCCUUCUUGUCCUUGAAUAAACUCAAUUAUUGCUAAAUUAGUUGUUGAUUGUAUAUCUUCUUCCUUUUUCAAACUUAAGAUGUUAUGCUAAUGUAGCUAGCUAGGUCGACCUAAAUAUUAGGGUGAGGUUAAUUUAACUCACUACCAGACUUAAUUUGCUAUUUAGGUAGUGGUUGAGAGUCUUGAGACUGUUUCUUAGUUAGAGUGUUUCUUCCUCUGCGGUUUGGUAUUACUUCCCGUAUUUAAUUUCACCGACACGUGUCGUUUUGACCAGUAUUUUUGUAAUGUGUAUCGGAUGAAAUAAAAUACAAGAUGUAAUAUCGAAUAUAUAGGGGACUAAUUU